GUUGCAUGCAUCGACGUAGAGCCCGUAGCAUGAAUAGCUACUUGUUUGGUUCCACAAUCAUUUCAGUUGUGCUCAACACGGUGUGCGAUAGAGAAACGCGAGUGUUACAUCCAUUCACUUCAAACCCACAUACAACCAGUACCACAUAAUAGUGCUGUUCUAUUACCAUACAUUACAUUUUCGUACAUUUAGUGGUGCAAAAAAGUAACCAGCUGUCUAAGAUAUUUGUUGUGCCUUAUAUGCCGUCAUGCGAAUAACAAGUAUUCAACUCCUGUUCCAGUUCAUGUCUCUUUUGAUUAGACAACAAUAGAUAACUUACUUGCAAACGAUGUCGGAUAUGGAGUUAAAAGACGCGCGGACGAUUGGACCAUACGACCAUCUUCUUAGCGCCAUUCAGUCUAAUGAUUUGACCUUAUUCAAAAGAUUGCUAGAAGUUGGCCUAGACAAUUCGUCCAUAGAUUUAGAACACGAGUACGAGGAGCCUUACCAUGGAAAUAUACUGGACAUAUGUAGCUCGUCCAUCGGUAGGUCCGAGUUUGUUGAAUUGCUGUUGUCAUUUGGAAUGGAAGUGAACGUAAUGAACAAAAAUAGAAAAAAAGCUCCUAUACACUUAGCAGCGGCUAACGGAUGUAAAGAUACGAUAAAUGUACUACUGAACCAUCCUCCUAUUAAUGUCAAUCUAUUGGAUGGUGAUGGAAAUUCAGCUCUGCACCUCGCGGCAAAAACUGGGAAUGUAGAAUGUAUAGAGUUGUUGUUGGACGCUGAUGGUGUAAAAGCCAAUCAGUUAAACCGAAAAGGAUUUUCUCCGGCGUACUUAGCAGCCACGUCGAAAAGUAGUAACGAAAAAGCAGUAAAGGUGUUCAUCAAAUGCCCUGAGGUUGACUUGGAUUUGUGUGUUUGGGAUAAACCUGUAAGAAAUAUAAUCAAAGAGAAGUAUCCAGAUCUAAUAGAACUCAUGCCGUCUGAAGGUGCAAGGAAAGUGGUCGAACGUAGUGAAAAUCCUUUCGCGUUCCUGUACUCAAACGACCCAGAAGGAUUCAUAUCUCAUAUAUCUUCGUUGAAACAACCUGAUCUGAACGCGCACGAUGGCCGGCAUACCUACCUACAAUACGCCUGCGAUUUUGGUCUACCGGAAGUUGUCAAACUACUUCUUCGACUUGACGCUGAUCCAAAUGCCACGUGCAUAUCGAACAAGAAAUUUCCAGUUUUAAUAGCUUCGUUCAGAGGUUUUGCAGAUAUUGUAGAGCUAUUUAUUAACAGUCAUCUCUAUAUCAAUUAUAGUUCUAAAAGCGGUACAGCUUUACACGAAGUAGUCAAAGGCUCCGACGAAAAUCACAAUUCGUUGGAUGUUAACACAGAUUUGUGCGAUCACUUGAAGUGUUUCAACAUAUUGUUAAAUAAAAGUGAAGUCAACCCACUCGAACUCGACAUCAAUCAACAGGACGACAAAGGCAAUACAUGUCUACAUUAUGCAGCUAAAGUAGGUGAUCGAGAUUACAUAAUGACGCUGUUAGAACAUGGGGCUUACGUAGGGAAAAAAAAUAUUCUAGGAGAUCCACCGCUAGCCGACCUUAGUUCUAAGAUAUUAGAAGAGUACAUGGAUAAAUGCGUCAAAACCAACGGGAAGUCGCCCAAAGACGUUAACUAUGAAAUCAUAUUUACUUACAAUUUCUUAUGUCCGCCUAAAAUUUACGAUUAUAAAAAAAACACCAACAACCUUCAAACACAGUUGGAAGGCCAAACUUAUGAGCCAGAAAGCGUACCUGAAACCGCUCCAUUGUUAUAUAUAAGUGAAGAACCAGAACUCCGGCAUCUUCUUAAACAUCCUGUGUUGACCAGUUUCCUGCAUUUGAAAUGGUUCGCCAUCAAACGUUAUUACAAAGUAAAUUUAUCAUUUUACAUAGCGUUUUGGGCUCUAUUAACUUCAUACACACUGUUAACUUUCAAAAUAGGAGUGCAAAACAGCAAUAUGUCACUGACACAGGAGAACGUCACGCAGUUUUCCACAAACAAGAUUCCAUAUAGCAAUGAUGCCGCAGUGUACUUAUGGGUUAUGGUGUUAGGAUUCCUCAUAGCCUUAUCAUUCCGAGAGCUAUUUCAGUUGGUAUCGUCUCCAAUCACGUAUUUGACAAGCUUGGAGAACUGGCUUGAAAUAUGUUUGAUCGUUCUUACGUCAAUACUAAUGUUGUGUGAAAUGUCUUGUAUAUUAUGGAGGAAUCAGAUUUCUGCAAUCGUUAUUUUGCUGUCGUGGGGAGAACUUAUCCUACUUGUUGGCAGACACCCUGCGCUGGCAACACAUUUGGAGAUGUUUAAGCGAGUUACCAAGAACUUCCUGCAGUUCCUCGUUUGGUACUCGAUACUGAUCAUUGCGUUUGCUCUAAGUUUCUAUAUGUUGUUCAGAAAUGACAACGACAUCGAAAACAAAUUUAACGAUCCAAGUUCUGCCAUGUUCAAGACAAUAGUAAUGUUGACAGGAGAGUUUGAUACAUUUGGUUCGCUACCAUUUAAUUUACAUCCAAUCGUUAGUCACGCUCUUUUUCUGUUCUUUAUAUUUCUUAUAGCAAUCGUCUUAGUGAAUUUGUUGAACGGCUUAGCAGUCAGUGACACAGUGGCUAUUCGAGCAGAUGCCGAAAUCGUAGCACACGUGUCUCGAGUAAAAUUAGUCCACUACUUUGAAACAAUGGCAGUGAGCAAUCCGUUUUCGUGGAUUAAAAAUUCUGAAAACCAAAUGGCCUGUAUUAGGAGGGUUAUUCCGCCAAUUUCCAAAAUAUGCACCAAACAAUUUUACCUGAAAAUAAGGCUAUUCCCAGAUGCUCUUCAAGAUUCUGAGAUAAGAAUCCUACCCAAUCAAAGGAACAUGGUCAAUUUCGGGACCUUAGCAAGGAAAAGCGUUAAAAACGAAGUCGGUUGUUUUACUAAUUGUCGGGGAUACUAUUUAGAUAAAUAUAUCGUCAAAGAAGCUAAAACGGUGAUCGUAGCCAACUCGGAGGUAAGUGAAAAGACAUGCGCAGAAAUAUUAGAAAACUUUAUAGCAAGAUUUGAUCACGUAGAAAAAACUAUAAACGAGAUAAGAUUAGUGUUAAAAAAUAUGAAAAACACCAAAGAUGAAGAUACCGUUUCCUUGCCUUCGUCAAACGACUCUUCCGUUGUUAGUGGUUCUGGUGAUAAUGAAUAAUUAUUUUAGAAUGCUGUUGAACUAUUAUACCAGAAAACAAGGGCACAAAACAAUGUUCAAUAUGAAUCAAUUAAUUAUCAUAAUAGUGAACUAAUUGCGACUUUUUAACAAAGUAACUUAAAAAAUAUACCAUUAUGUACACCAUAAAUAAUUUAAUUAUUGUGUUUCAUUUUACUUUUUACAAAAUAUUUACAUACAUUUAAAAUAUAAAGUUGUCUCCGAAUUAAAUAAUUAAAUUGAUAAUACAAUUAUAAUAAAUAAUUAUAUAUAAUUAUAUUUUUUAACAAGUCAGAUAUGGACUAAUUAGCUUUCUAUAAUCAACUAAUUAAACUAGGAAACAAUGUAUAACUGAACACAAAGCAUAUUCAUCAUUGAUUUAUUUUUUUUAUUUGCCAAAUCUUUAUUUUAUAAUUGUGUUCAUUUUAAUAUAUGUACAAAUAUUGUUCAUUUCAUUUAUAUAGUGAUUUUUGCUUAUAACACAUUUAUAUUCCUGGAUUUUUAGUCGAUUUUUAUGAUAUAUACUAACGUAAAAGUGUUUAAUUUUAAACUAUUUAAAA